UUCAUUCAGCACACCUGUGGUCAAAUAAAGUCUUGUGCAAGAUGUGUUUUGUAGCUGUUAAUAAUAACUCUAACAGGUGGACUGAAAAAUGGCUGACUUCCGCAGCGGUGUCCCCCUCGGGAGAGGUGUUUGUUGACGGGGCAACUUUCUCCGCGAGUGACGCGUCUGCGGCGGAAAAGCACACCGAGGGAGACGGAGACAUGACCCUGCUGAACUCUGCUGUGCCUCGCUCUGCCAUUAGAGGCAAAAUGUCACGGCGAGGGGGUUGAACGAACUUCUCGGCCGAAGACUUGAACCCCGACCGCGUGUUUUAGCGAGAACCGGGCAUCGCUUUUGCAUUUUCUUCCCCUCCCCUCCCCGCCUGCCCGCCCGGCGAUGGGCUCUGUGACUUCCGCCCUGACAAGGACGCGCCACGGGCUGGUCAAAGUGGGCUCGGAGCCGCAGAGUCACGACCCGGAGAGGAGCCACUCCGCGCCCGAGUCUGCCAGGAAGAAGAGUCGCAAGCCGCCGCAGACCACCCGGCUCCUGCUCGCGGAGGUCCUGAGCCGACAGGACUCGGACGGAGCCAAGAGGUCAGCGGUGGUGCAACCGAACAAACCGAACGUUGCAAAUGAAGAUUGCGAAAGUCGACCGCAGGCCAACUUUGCACGCUCCAAGUCCCAGAGCGCUUUAUGGAACGCCAUCACGGCAGGGAUGGGCAUCCAAGGCAAAGAGCAGAAGCGCCCCCAGAAUGACACCCGGAGUCCCGAGGAGAUUCUGGCGGAUGAGCUCCCCCUGACGGACGAAGCGGACGCCACCGAGAAGACCGCCAUCAGGCGGAAGUACAAGAAGACGUCCCAGAGAUUAAGAUGCCUGGUCAAACAGCUGGAGAGAGGGGAGGCUUCCCUGGCCGACCUCAAGAAGAACCUCGAGUACGCGGCGUCCGUGCUGGAGUCGGUCUACAUCGAGGAGACCAGGCGUUUGGUGGACACUGAAGAUGAGCUCAGCGACAUUCAGUCUGAGUCCGUACCGUCUGAGGUGCGCGACUGGCUGGCCUCCACCUUCACGCGCCAAAUGGGGCUGAUGCUGCGACGCAACGAGGAGAAGCCUCGCUUCCGAAGCAUCGUCCACGCCGUCCAGGCGGGAAUAUUUGUCGAGAGGAUGUACCGACGCACCUCCAAUCUGGUGGGACUCAGCUACCCCCCUUCUGUUAUAUCUGUUCUGAAGAAUGUUGACAAAUGGUCAUUUGACGUGUUCGCCCUGAACGAGGCCAGUGGAGAUCACGCUCUUAAAUUCAUUUUCUACGAGUUGCUCACCAGAUAUGAUCUCAUCAGCCGUUUCAAGAUUCCAAUUUCAGCAGUUGUGUCGUUUGUCGAAGCCCUGGAGGUGGGAUACAGCAAGCAUAAAAAUCCCUAUCACAACUUGAUCCACGCUGCCGAUGUUACGCAGACUGUUCAUUACCUGUUACUCAAGACUGGCAUGGUGCAUUGGUUAACUGAGCUGGAGAUCUUUGCCAUGAUCUUUGCUGCGGCCGUGCACGACUACGAGCACACGGGGACCACAAACAACUUCCACAUUCAGACAAGGUCCGACACGGCGAUCCUGUACAACGACCGCUCGGUGUUGGAGAGCCACCACGUGAGCGCGGCCUACCGCCUCCUGCAGGAAGACGACGAGAUGAACAUCCUGUACAACCUCUCCAAGGACGACUGGAGAGAGCUGCGUGCUCUGGUGGUGGAGAUGGUGCUGGCCACCGACAUGUCCUGCCACUUCCAGCAGGUGAAGGCCAUGAAGAACUUCCUGCAACAGCCCGAGGGCAUCGAUAAGCCCAAAGCCCUGUCCUUACUGCUGCACACCGCCGACAUCAGCCACCCGGCCAAAAGUUGGGACCUUCACCACCGUUGGACCACCUCUCUGCUGGAGGAGUUCUUCAGACAGGGGGACAAAGAAGCCGAGCUCGGCCUUUCCUUCUCGCCGCUCUGCGACCGAAAGUCAACAAUGGUGGCGCAGUCCCAGAUAGGCUUCAUCGACUUCAUCGUGGUUCCCACCUUCACCGUGCUGACCGACAUGAUGGAGCGCAUCGUCACGCCGCUCAUCGACGAGGCCUCGCACUCGGGUCUCGCGGGCUUCCGGCGCUCCAGUCUGAACAGUAUUAGCUCGGAGGAGGCCAAGAGGCAAAGCGCGAAGAGCAUGGCCGCCGACAGCUGCUCGUCGGGCCACAACUCCCUGCUGGCCGUCGACAUGAAGAACUUCAAGGCGCUGUGGAACGAGGAGGUCUACCAGAACAGGGAGCGCUGGAAAGCCCAGGCCACCAAAGAAGCCGAGGAGCGAGCCAAAAGGGACGCGGAGGAGCGAGGCCAGCAGGAAGACUCCAUGGAGCCUGAAGAGGACCCCUCAGACUCCGCCGAGCCCAAAGCCGCCCAGCGGGAGGCGGGCGACGAGGAGGCGGCGUCCGAGCCCGACGCCCGGGAUGCUGCUCCGCAGCCACCCGGGGGCGCCGCGCACAAGAGUCCCUCGCUGCAGAACGGAGAGUUGUCCGAAGGCGCAAACUCUCUGGGAAGUGAAGAUAUCAAAAACACAGCAGGUGAGGCGGAGGUCGCUAUGGAGUGAGAAUGGAGGGUCCUCGCGAACCUGAGCUGGGGCCGGGGCCCGGCGGGGGUCGGUGAUGGGCGGGGGGGGGGGUCUGGUAAAUCGGUAGGACUUUGUCGCUCCCUGCGGGAAACCCAGAAACUGACGCCUUCACCUCCCUUGGGCAGCGUCUCGUUUGUUUGGACUGUACAUAACGCGUAGCGCCGCGCUCCCGUUGUUGUCUCCCUUUAGACUGGAUGGCUUUACAGCAUUUACGUUGGAGUUCUCUAUAGUUUUAGGCUCUGUGAAAUGUACACAUAACUGCCAAGUGGGAGAAAUGUUUGAUGCGUGUCCUUCCCGUGCUUUAUCGUUCUUUUUGUACCUUUAACUUUGCUUUUAAUGUCACUGGCUCUUAUCGCAAAAACAACGGCGUGGAUUUAAUGUAAGAUAGCAACUUUUUUUUGUUUUUUCUUUAAACAUGCUGCACGUUUUAUUUUUGUUCUCAAUGCUUUGUCGCAAGUUUUUGGGCGGUAGCAAAGCGUAUUUUAAAUGUCCUUUUUUUUUUGUUUGUUUGUUUUUUUUCCCCUCGCUCUGCAGACGUAAAAUGCAAAUAUUGCUUGUCGGGCGUAUGUAAAAUAACAAAUCUCCGCUUUUGCUGUUCUUCUACACUUGCUGUUCACUUGCGGUUAAGAGCGUGAGAAAUGGGCAGUAUUUGCGUUCCCAUAUUUACAUAAUUGUGCACUUGUGCAAUUUUAUUUUGGUAUCAAGUAAAAACCCAUGGUGCCAAGAUGUUGGCCUGUGAUGUGGAUCUUUGAUGGGGGGGGAAGAAAUAUCGAAAAAGGGAGAAUUUAAUUACGAACUUUCUAGCGUUCUUCUGUUAGACACGCACUCAUGUUUUUUUUUUUGUUUUUUUUUUUAAUAAGUUGUUUGCUGUGAAAAGCGGCUUUUCUCUUCUCAACCUGUGUGCCUCUGACUGUACACAUAACUGCACCUGUAGGAACCAGCUGUAAUUGUUCCUGGAACCUAUUGAUCAUGUUUUAUGUGCUCUUUUUUUCUGCUGUAACAAUACGCUUCCUCUUUGCCUUUUUUCAUUGCCCAGUGACUUUAAUUUAUUGACCUUUUUUUUUUGUCUUACGUACUGUUGUGGGUGGCUUUAUUAGAUUUUAUUCUGUCAAUUUUCCCUCCCAACUCUUUUUUUAAUCUCUUUUUCCACUUUAAAAAAAAUCUAAUAUUCUUUUCUUUUUUGCACUUUAAAUGUUGAGCUGUAUUUCCUCAAUCAUCAUCAUCAAUUUUGUCAUUUUCCAUACCAAUUACCCUCAUAUUCUCCCCAAUAGUGGGUUUUUGUUUUUAUGCGAUGUUCCCUGUUCUCAUAUUUUUUUUUCCAUUCAUUUCUUAAAAAAAAAAUUUUGUUUUGUUGAUUUAGUAUAUUUUUUUUAGCCAAUCUUAUCCAUUUUUCUUUGCUUCUCCAUAUUCCAUUAGUUUAGUCCACUUUAGUGUAGUCUUAAUUUGAUGAGUUUUUUUUAAAUUUUAUUACAUUUUUAAGUCUUUUUUUGUUUGUUUUUUUUUUGUAAAUAAGAUUGGCUUUUCUGCAUUGUUUUUUUUUUUUUUAUUUUAUUCCAUUUAAAGUCCCUGUAAAGUGCAAAGCUCCUGUCCUCGUGCUGGCUGUCAAUAAUUGUACCUGUACAAAUAUGAAAAGUCUACAAUGUGAUGUUUUGUACAAGAUGUCUUUCGGAGCUUCCUAAGAUGAAAAUAGUCUCUACAAUGUUUUUCAUUUGUGUUCAUUAUAGUAUAUGUUUGAAAACAAUUCACUCUCCAGGGUCUUUAAGAAAGCGUUAAAUGUUUUCAAAGUUUCUCCCUUUUGUCACAAUUUUUACAUUUUCCUUUACUUUACUUGAAUUUCAGUUAUUGUGUAGUGUGUUGCUUCGUCUGACUUUUUUUUUUUUCCCCCAUUGUAAUUCCCCCACCUCCCAUCCUCCCCGCCAACAUGUUCCUGUGACCUGUUUUGUCAAGUUCGUCGCCGGAAAAAACGUGAGUUGAAUUCACUUUUUCAAAAUGUAACUUGCGCCCACGUCUUUCGAACAAACGCUUUCUCGUGACGUCGCGUCGUGUCGCCCGUUUCUGCUUUCGCACGCAGUUGCUGUCGGGCACAUUUAGCAAGCCGUAUUUCUUCUCCACGUGGUGUUUUUGUAAGCGUCAAUAUUUUUAGCCCCCCACCCCACCUCCCCCGCCUUCAAUCUUUAGACGACUGAUCUGAACUAUCUCAAGGUCAGGUGGAUGUAAAAAGUGUGCAAUUUAUUUUUUUUUUUUUUUAAACACACUGGAAAAUACCUUGUGUAUUUCUGAUCUCCUCACUGUGACCUGCUCUGAUUAUGAAUGUGUGUGUGUGUGUGAGUGGGUUUGUGUGUAGGUGUGUGUGUGUAUGUAGGGGACUGUGUAACAUAUUAGAUAAUAUUCAAAUAAGCUUAACCCUUACGAUCGCCUUUAACAUCUGCCAUUUUUAUUCUCCUUUCAAGCCACUUUUGGCUUUGUUAAAUCAAUACAUUUUUUUAGUCAUUUUUAUUUGUUUUGACAAUACAAACCCCAACAUUUGUUCAAAGAUGUUCAGAAAAUGCAUCUUUUUUUAAUGUAUAUUGGACCAGCAGAUGGCGCUGUGUCAAAGCAUGCAGCAACACUUCACACGUUGAAACUGUUUUCUACCAGGGUGCCUUGCUACUUGUCGCCGUAUGUGUUAAUAAUGGUGUAAAAUUAAAAUUAAAAAAAGUCUGGAAUGAGGUUUUUCAUUUUCAUAUAUUCAAUAUUUUUUUUACAUUUUUUUUUCCUCCUAAAUUCUUUUUUCUCCCAAUGUUUGCAUUAUUUCCAGUCACAUUUUUUCUUCCCCCCCGUUUCACUUUUUUCACUUUUUUUUAUAUCCUGUUAAUGAAAUUUCUUUAGCUGUUUUUACCCAUUUUUCUGCCUCAUAUUUUUGUGUAUGUCACCAUUUUCCCAUACAUUUUUUUCAGAGGUACAGUAUUAUUUUUUCCCCCUUUUCACAUCCAGUUUGAGUGUUAUAUGCACAUUUAAUUUUUCCAAAUGUAAUUUAACCUUUUUCCAUUUUUUUUGUACAAAUGUUUUUGCUUUAUUUUGAGUCCCAUUAUACAGUGGCUGACUUCUAUAUUUUUAAUGCUUGUAUAACCUUUAGGCAGCAUGUCAAAAUUGUAAUGUUAGAAGCGUUUGACCCUGUAAGAAUUUAUUUCUGCUGGUAUAUCAGCUCAAUAGUUUUUUGUUUUUUUUCGUCUGUUAGGCUCAAUUGUGUUGUUUAAAAAAAAAAAAAAAAAAGAAUUUUAAGGGCUUCCUAAGGGUUAAGCUACUUAAAUGUAGGAGGGUUGCUUGAAUAUUAUUGAUUUGAUUGAAAACAAAACCGCAAGAUGGCUUGCCAACCAGUCCAGUGAGUGAGCGUGUGUGUUUGUUUGUGCGCACAUGGGUGUGUGUGUGUGUGUGUGUGUGUGUGUGUGUGUGUGUGUGUGUGUGUGUGCGCGCGCGCGCC